AUGUCAACCCAAAAAAUUAAGCUCUUUUGCAUUCUUGAUGGCGAUUCCUCAGGAUUUGAAGUCAAGCUGGAGAAUGAUGACACAAUUGCAGCACUCAAGGAUGCAAUCAAGGAAAAGCAAUCACCUCUGCUUGACGACAUACGCGCCAGCGAGCUCAAGAUUGGCGCCAAGAAAGGUGUGACUGAGAUUUCUGAAGUCUUUGGUGCUUCUUCAGCAAAGAAAACCAUCCAUGUCAUUGUCCAGCGUCCAUCUGCUGUUGUGAACAUUGUUAGUCUGGCUCCAACUGCUCUUUCUCCUUCUCCUCCUCUCAUCCGCCCAGGAACAUCUCGUAAGAAAUAA